AUGGAAGAAGAAAAAAGUCAACAAACUAGCACUCCUUAGACUGAGUAGACCUAGAAAGUACCAGGAGGAUUAAAUAUUAACACUGAGAGAGUUUCUUUAUUAACAAUAGGUAUGGCAGGAAGUGGAAAAACAACAUUCGUUAGAUCUUUAGUAUAGUAUUUAUUAUUCUCUCAAUAAGACCCUGCCUACGUUUUAAAUUUAGAUCCAGCUGUUUAAUUUUUACCAUAUACUCCAAAUGGUGACAUUAGACAAACAAUAGAUUAUAAAAAAUUAAUGAAAGAACAUUAACUUGGUCCAAACGGUGCAAUUAUGACAGCAUUAAAUCUCUUUUGUGCAUAAAUUGAUGAAACUAUUAACAAUAUAGAGGCUACUAGUCAUACUUCUAAGCAUGUAGUAGUUGAUACUCCAGGAUAAAUCGAAGUUUUUACCUGGAGCGCAUCAGGUUCUAUAAUUACUCAAACUCUCCUUACAUCUAUGCCUACUGUUCUUUUAUAUGUUCUUGAUUUAGCUAGAUGUUAAAAUCCAAACAGUUUUAUGAGCAAUAUGAUGUUCUGCUGUAGUAUAUUUUAUAAAAUGAAGCUUCCAAUGAUCAUAGUCUUAAAUAAAGAAGACGCUGCUGAUAAAGAAAAAGUUUUGGGUUGGAUUAGAGAUUACUAAAAACUUCUUGAAGAAUUUUAAAAUUAUGAUUCAUAUCUUUCUACCUUUAGCAAAUCUAUGGUCUUAAGUUUGGAUGAAUUUUAUAACUAAUUGAGAGUUGUCGCAGUAAGCUCCCUUAAAAUGACAGGAUUUGAUUAGUUAAAAGAAGCAAUAGCUAGUGCAAAAUAAGAAUUUAUGGAUGUUUAAUACAAAGAUCUCGUUAAAAACUACAAUAGAAGGAUGGCUGAAGAAUAAGAAAAGUAAUAAAAAGAAUUAAAGAAGUUUAUGAAAGAUUAUAAGAAAACUGAAGAGUAAAAUAAAAAGAAAAAACCAGAAGCUCCUUUAAAUGUUUAAGUUAGCCAUGUUGGACCAACUAAAUCUAAAAAAGAUGAUGAAGAGAAAGAAAUCAAAAAAGCUGAAGAAAAGAUUUAAAAAAUGAAUAUCGAAUGA